GCUCGUCCUGCUCGUCCUGCUCGUCCUGCUCGUCUUUUCUACAAUUGCCACCCCAUAAUUGUCUUCACGUCGCGUGCUGUGACAAGUGUGUCCCCCGAAUUGGCAAGAUGAUGCCCUUUAAGUUAGUUCUGGCUCUGGCUGCCACUACACUCGUCUCCGGCGAGAGCGUGGUCACCACCCUGUUUAUGCCCGACACCGACUCUCAAACCUUGGUGGCCUCGGUCAUGGGAGUCGCUGCGACGGCCACGACCUACUACCUAACUUGUCCAGCCGCCGAUAGCGAUGAGUGCGGCAUGGGCCCCGGGAUGACGGUCAUUGCUGGCCCUCAGACCACUACCUAUCUGAUUGAGGAGCCCGACGAGGACGUGUAUAUGUCUAUGGCCUGUUCCGUGCAAGGGACUACGUCCGGGGUCUGUAUCGAGAUGAUUUCGGGCACGGGCGCAGACUUCCCCGGGACUUACACGCGCCAUAUGGGCACCGAUGACCUUUGCUGCUUCAUGCCAGUCACCAUCACCGCCGGAGCUGCCAGCGUUGCGAGUGCCACCUCGCCAGCGACCGCAGCGACUGCAUCCGCUACCGCCACUGCUAUCGGGGCGUCGACAACCGCCUCCUCCGAAUCUGCCAGCGACAGGUUGGCUGCCAACUCCGCCGCAACGUCCGCUGCUUCAACAGCUUCCCAGAAUGGCACCGCCCCGAGCAGCACUGGGGCUGGUGCUUUUAUCACUAACGAUGCCGCUUUCGUUAUGGGCGGUGCGGCCGUCGCUGGUCUCGUCGCUGCGUUCCUGUAGAUAGCCAGGCC